AUGACAUUCAUACCUGUGUUUCUCUUCGAUGUCUACAAACUUGGUACCAGCGAUGUCACUGACAAGAACUUGCAAGAGUUAGGCAAAGAAAUUCGAAAGGCCUUCACUGAAGUGGGGUUUGUGUAUCUCAAAAACACUGGAAUAGAUCAAAAAGAGGUGGAUCGUGUCAUGGACAUUUCUAAGAAAUUCUUCCUGCUUCCUGAAGAACAGAAAAAGCCCUUCAGUAGGGGCAGUUACGCAAAUAACGGCAAUCACGGUUGGGUGUCCUCAGAAACAGAAAGUUUAAAUCCUCGACAUCCAGGUGACUUGAAGGAGGCCUUUAAUACUACAUCCCUGCACCCUGACAUUAAAUGGCCCUCCGAUGGUUGUGAUGGCUUUCGUGAUAUCAAAGUCGACUUUUUCCUUCGCUGUAAGGAGCUGGCUCUCCGUGUACUGAGGGUCAUGGCUCUUAGUUUAGGCCUAGACAUUUUUGUUGACAAAUAUUCCUAUCAAUAAUAAGGUGAUAAUAAUGGCACGACCCUGCGCUCUCUGUAUUACGCUCCGGUGAAGACUGAGAGUGUGAAGAUAGAUCAGAUCCGCUGUGGUGAGCACUCAGACUAUGGCAGCAUCACUCUAGUCUUCCAGAGCCAACAGGAAGGCCUGCAGGUAUUAAAUCGCAAAGGUGAGUUUAUCUCAGCUCCAAGUAUCCCUGGAACAGUGCUGAUCAACAUUGCAGAUAUGAUGCAGAGGUGGACCAGUGACGUGUUUGUGUCUGUUGUCCACAGAGUUCUACUACCUCCUGUGUGUGACUCAAGUGCAAGGCAGUCGUUGGUGUUCUUUGUGCAGCCGGAUGAUGAUGCCAUCAUUACGUGUUGUGAUGGCUCAAACAAAUAUCCUCCAGUGAAAUCGCUGGAUUAUCUCCUGUCAAGAUUCAACGACACUUAUGGCAGGAAAUAG